AUUUCGGCAAACCUCGUCGCCCAGCCCAAAGCAUCAUUGAUCCGGUUUCUCUCCUUCUUUCCUCUCCUCUUUCUCUCUCUCCUAUCCCCAUAUUUGCUUGCCCUGGCAUCUUUUUCCUCUCCCCUCCAUCCCUUAGUUGUCGAGAGAGUGUUUGCUCUCUCUGAUGAGUCGCGUUUCUGUGCAGGUGCUACGGCAAUUCUAGUCGACACCUGUUUUUAGUGAUCUACCCACUUUAGAUUGCUUGUUGUCUUGACCUUUGGAGCUGAUAAACUGCUCUUAUCUUUUUUUCUGCUAAAUCUUUGUUACACGCCCUCGCGUGUUUUUUUUCCUUUUUCUCCAUUUUUUUAACAGCCGAGCUUGAAGACGGAAAAAAACCCGCAAUGCUCCGUACCACUGCCAUUAAGGCGACCAGCGGCAAUGUGCUGCGCGGUGCUGCCUCCUCCAACUGCCGGAGAUCCUUUACCCUCGCAUCCAGUGCUAGAAUUGCUUCGAAUAACAGCAAUUUGACCGCAAGAAGACCUUUGUCUGUUGUCGACCGUGUGUCCAACGGACGGAGACAUUAUGCCUCUCCUGCACCGGGCGUGGACCCCAAUGACUCUUUCCUCUCUGGAAACACCGCCAACUACAUCGAUGAGAUGUACUUGGCCUGGAAGCAGGACCCGUCGAGUGUCCACAUCUCGUGGCAGACCUACUUCAAGAACAUGGAAGACGGCAAGAUGCCCGUCUCCCAGGCCUUCCAGCCCCCUCCGACCCUCGUCCCGACACCAACGGGAGGUGUGCCUCAAGACAUGCCCGGUGAAGGUUUGGGCUUAGCAGCUGGUUCCGAUGUCACCAACCACUUGAAGGUCCAGCUUUUGGUUCGUGCCUACCAGGCGCGUGGUCACCACAAGGCCAAGAUUGACCCGCUUGGCAUUCGCGGCGAGGCUGAGGCAUUCGGCUAUGAGAAGCCCAAGGAGCUUGAGCUCGACCACUACGGCUUCACCCAGCGCGACUUGGAUGAGGAGUUCACCCUUGGCCCCGGUAUCUUGCCGCGUUUCGCAACCGAGAGCCGCAAGAAGAUGAGCCUGCGCGAGAUCAUCGCCACCUGCGAGAAGAUCUACUGUGGCUCCUACGGUGUGGAAUACAUUCACAUCCCGGAUCGUAAGCCUUGCGACUGGAUUCGUGACCGCUUCGAGAUCCCCGAGCCCUACAAGUACUCUGGCGAUGACAAGCGCCGCAUCCUCGACCGUCUCAUCUGGAGUUCCAGCUUCGAGACUUUCUUGGCCACCAAGUUCCCCAACGACAAGCGUUUCGGUCUGGAGGGUUGUGAGUCUCUCGUCCCCGGUAUGAAGGCCCUGAUCGACCGCAGUGUCGACUACGGCAUCAAGGACAUUGUCAUUGGUAUGCCCCACCGUGGUCGUCUCAACGUCCUUUCCAACGUCGUCCGUAAGCCAAACGAGUCUAUUUUCAGCGAGUUCGCCGGUUCGACCGAGCCCUCCGACGAAGGCUCUGGUGAUGUCAAGUACCACUUGGGUAUGAACUUCGAGCGCCCUACUCCCUCCGGCAAGCGCGUCCAGCUUUCUCUGGUCGCCAACCCGUCUCACCUUGAAGCUGAGGACCCCGUCGUGCUCGGAAAGGCCCGCUCUAUCCAGCACUACAACAACGAUGAGACCGACUUCAACACUGCCAUGGGUGUCCUGCUCCACGGUGAUGCUGCGUUCGCUGCCCAGGGUGUUGUUUACGAGACCAUGGGUUUCCACUCGCUCCCCGCUUAUUCCACUGGAGGAACUAUCCACAUCGUCGUGAACAACCAGAUUGGUUUCACCACUGACCCCCGUUUUGCUCGUUCCACCCCCUACUGCUCUGACAUCGCCAAGUCGAUCGACGCCCCCGUUUUCCACGUGAACGGUGACGAUGUUGAGGCUGUCAACUACGUCUGCCAGGUCGCUGCUGACUGGCGUGCCGAGUUCAAGCGCGAUGUUGUCAUUGACAUCGUCUGCUACCGUAAGCAGGGUCACAACGAGACCGACCAGCCUUCGUUCACCCAGCCCCUGAUGUACAAGCGCAUCGCCGAACAGAAGCACCAGCUCGACAAGUACGUCGAGAAACUCAUCACUGAGGGUACCUUCACCAAGGAGGACAUUGAUGAGCACAAGAAGUGGGUCUGGGGAAUGCUCAACGACAGCUUCGACCGCAGCAAGGACUACCAGCCCACUAGCAAGGAAUGGCUCACCUCCGCCUGGAACGGCUUCAAGACUCCCAAGGAGUUGGCCACCGAGGUCCUGCCUCACCUUCCCACUGCCGUCGACGGUCCUCUGCUGAAGCACGUCGCUAGCAAGGUCAGCGAUGCUCCCGAUGGAUUCACCAUUCACCGCAACCUCAAGCGUAUCUUGUCCAACCGCAAGAAGGCCGUUGAGGAAGGCAAGGGCAUCGACUGGGCUACCGCUGAGGCCCUCGCUUUCGGUUCCCUCGUUCACGAGGGUUACCACGUCCGUGUCUCCGGUCAGGAUGUUGAGCGUGGUACCUUCUCGCAGCGUCACGCUGUCCUCCAUGACCAGGAGAACGAACGCACCUACACCCCUCUGCAGGACAUCAGCGAGAACCAGGGUAGCUUUGUCAUUUCCAACUCUUCCCUGAGUGAGUUCGGAGCCCUCGGUUUCGAAUACGGUUACUCCUUGACCUCUCCCAACGCCCUUGUCAUGUGGGAGGCCCAGUUCGGUGACUUCGCCAACAACGCUCAGUGCAUUAUCGACCAGUUCAUCGCCUCUGGUGAAUCCAAGUGGUUGCAGCGAUCCGGUCUCGUCGUGUCCCUGCCCCACGGUUACGAUGGCCAGGGUCCUGAGCACUCCUCCGGCAGAAUGGAGCGUUGGUUGCAGCUCUGUAACGAGGAACCCCGCAUGUACCCAUCUCCUGACAAGCUGGACCGCCAGCACCAGGACGCCAACAUGCAGAUUGUCAACAUGACUACCCCUGCCAACUUGUUCCACGUCCUUCGUCGCCAGAUCCACCGCCAGUUCCGCAAGCCCCUUGUCAUCUUCUUCUCCAAGGCCUUGCUGCGUCACCCCAUUGCCCGCUCUUCCAUUGAAGAAUUCACCGAGGAUGCGCACUUCCAGCCCAUCAUCACUGACCCUGCCCACGGCACCGCCAUCGACGAGCCCGAGAAGAUCGAGCGCGUCAUCAUGUGCUCUGGUCAAGUCUACGCUGCGCUCAUCAAGCACCGUGAGGCUAACGGCAUCCGCAACACUGCCAUCACCCGUGUUGAGCAGUUGCACCCCUUCCCAUGGGCGCAGCUCAAGGAGAACUUGGACAGCUACCCCAACGCCAAGGACAUUGUCUGGACCCAGGAAGAGCCCUUGAACGCUGGCCCGUGGAGCUUCGUCCAGCCUCGUAUCGAGACCAUGCUGAACGCUACCGAGCACCACAACCGCCGCCACGUUCUGUACGCCGGUCGCGCCCCAAGUGCUUCCGUGGCCUCUGGUCUCAAGUCCGUUCACGUCAAGGAGGAACAGGAAUUCCUCGAGGAUGCGUUCUCCGUCCACCAGGACCGCUUGAAGGGCGAGUAAAUGUAACGAUUUCAUUUUCUGGUUCUUUUGUUUUUCCUAUUGUCUCUUUAUUGAAGGUUUACAGCCGAUGGGAAUCGCUGUUACCGUUGGAUUGUCAUUCUAGGUGCUUUGAUUCUAUGGGAGCUAGCGUCUAAUCAUUUCUAUCUCCUUUGUAUGAUUUCCUUUUGUUGUCAGCAUAGUGUACGACGUUGUUCUACGGUCCUACUCGUGCCAGGCCUCUGGGUAUUCAUUGUUUCUCUAGUAUAUCUGUGACGAGUCUGACCUGUUGAUACCUAGAAC